AUUUCAUUUCCGCAAGCGGCGCUCUGAAAAUCUAAAAUCCUCUCCUCCGAGCUUCCAGGGCUGCGCUUCAUUGUCUUUGAACAAGAAGAAGUGAACGGGAGCUUAGCAAUGGCGUUGGAGAGGCUGGCGGCGGUGUCGUUCUCGAGUAAAGUAUCUUUCUGCAUCCCAGUUAACCCUCUGGCCAGCGGGAACUCGACUGGUUCGUCGCUGUUUACUGCUCGGCGGCCGGGCUACAAACCUUUGGGAUUCAACCGUAGGUUUAAGUGUUCAGCUGAUUACAGAGGCUACGACCAGUACAAUCAGGCGGUUGUUGGGUACGAACGUCCGGCCGAGAUUCCGUGGAAUAAGGAGCUCGCCAACGGGGUGCAGCUCAUCGGCGUAGUGGGCGCUCCCGUCGAAAUCAAGAACCUAGCUUCCGGGAAGGUCGUUGCGUGGACGAGGCUCGGGUUCAAGAAGUCUGCCGCCGAUACCUGCUGGAUAAAUCUUACAUUCUGGGACGAAUUGGCGCAAACUGCGUUUCAGCAUGUGCAGAAAGGGAAUCAGAUUUAUGUGUCUGGUCGAUUGAUUUCAGACACCGUUGAGAAUGAGGACGGGAAGGUCCAGACAUACUACAAGAGAAACCCGAAGUAUCCAGAUUUCAAGCACAAAGAUACAGGGGAAUCAUUGUGGGUCGAAGGGAGGUAUAAUCCAUCAUGGGUGAAGUCUCAAUUGGCAAUAUUGGACGAGAAGAUGGGGUCUGUUCAGGAUGAGAAUGGCAGGAAGGAUCUGAGUCCCCUAGGGAGCGACGAAUUCCUGUCAUUUUGA